AUGACAUCCACUGAAUUGACAUUGAACAGAACUCUCACAGACAUCCUAGAGGACGAGCUCUAUAAUAUGUAUGGCACACAUGGCUGUGGGUCUGAGCAUUGCCAUUCGUCAAAUGUCUCGUUGAAUGGGAAGAGCUUGAUGAAUUUACCACUGCCGGCUUUUGAAGAGUUCAUGACAAACGAAACGCUUGCUACGGAUUACAACUUGAGCCCCCCAUAUGCGAGCAAUUUCUUUGUAGGGUCGUCGUCGUCGUCUAAUAUUGAACAUCCAAUUCCGAUGGACAGCCAAACGAAUGGGCCUGAAUUAUGCAGACAUUCUUCACAGCAUCAACACAUUUCUCAGAGCCAUACUCAGCAGCAAGCGCAGAGUGAGAACUUCACUAUAUUCAACAAAUAUGCGGACCCUUCACUGACGACUACUUCUAUACAUGAUAACAAACCUCAGGAUAAACUAGGUAAUACUCCAGUACAGAAGACUAUUAAUCUCAACAGCAUUAUGAAGGUUCCAAAUCCUUUUAAUACAGUGAAUAUAUCAAGGCUACACCCGCAACCCUCCAUUAUUCCUCGUGAUAUUAGGGUUACCAAUGAUGAUUCUAUGGACUCCUCAGAAAAUAUCUAUGCGGAACAGGAGCAUGACGAAUUUCUGGGAUAUGAAGAUUCAUGUAAUUUCAAGGUGAAUUGGCCACUACAAGACAGCAAUCUGGCCUUGAGCAACGAAGAUGCUAGAAUGAUUUUUGAUCAUGAGUUUCAACAUGAUGACGAUUUGAGUGACGAUGAUGACAAUGAUGAAGAAACAUUCCAGGAAAAUCCCAAAAGAGAUAUCUUUAACGUACCGUUUGCGUAUUCUAAUGAGUUCAAUAUGAGCAAUAGCAGGGAUAAGGAGAUUAAUGCUUGCAAUUUCGUCGAUUCCAACAUCAGUACCAAUAAUAAUAUGAUACCCGAUGAGGUUAUAUUGGAUGACGAUGACGAUGAUAGCAAUAUGUUGGAUGAAGAUGAUUUAUAUGAACCUUCAUACAGAAACAGUCGCAAAGAAAGCGUGGUUUUCAAUAAUACAAGGGAAAUGGCAGUCCCAGGUCUAGAUAGAGACCAGGACCAAGACCAAUACCAAGACCAAUACCAAGGCCAAGACCAAGAUCAAGACCGAAACCAGGAUAAUGUAGAGCAAUCAAGGCAAAACGCUAGACAAAAGGUAAAGCUGAGGGAGGAUCAUCAACAACAGCCCAGAAGUCGAGUAAAGGAGCUAGAAAUUGAGAGUGAAGUGCGAAAUCGAAACCAAAGGCAAUUGGGUAAUAAAACCCAAUCCAGAAAAAAAAUACUCAAUAAUGAAAACAAUCUUGUAAAUACAUCAAAGAGGAGAGUAUCUAGCAUGAAUACAUUGGAACCACUCCAAUAUUCUCAAUCGCAUUCACAUUUAAAAUCAAAUGCACAUUUGCAUGAUCACUCACAUUCCCAAUCGCCCUCUCCAUCUCAACCGUACUCAAAGCAAAAGAACAGCGAUGGAAGUGAAGUCUACACUUGUAUGAUAAUAAACUCAAUCACGAAACAAGUUUGUGCUGCCCAAUUUUCAAGAUCAUAUGAUUUAACCAGACAUCAAAAUACAAUACAUGCAAAGAAAAAGAGCGUAUUCAGAUGUUCCGAAUGCAUCAAAUCACUAGGUCAUGAGGGUUACCAAAAAACUUUUUCACGUUUAGAUGCUUUGACAAGACAUAUAAAAUCAAAGCACGAAUAUUUGACAUUGGAGCAACGGCAGGAUAUUACAAAAUAUGCAAGAGAUAAUAUGGGAUAUGUUGUAGCUUAA